AUGGUAAGUAUUGGAGGUGUUUGUCAAACAAAUGGUGGUUGUGAAGAUUCUCAUGCUUUCUGUUUAAAUGGUAUCUGUACCUGUAGAACUUCUUAUUAUAAUAAACAUGGAACUUGUCGGGAAGUGUGUGGACACUCUAGAUUUGAAUGUAAAGUUGUUGAUCUUGAUGGACCAGAUUGUAUUCGGAACUCUCUAGUUUGUGAUGGUAGAAAUGACUGUCAUGAUGGUUCGGAUGAACGAAACUGUCAAACUGAUGCUCCUCUUAAUAGAUAUCCUCACUGGUUUCAAAAACAGUUUGGUUCCCAUUUUAAUUCUCAAUUCCGUCAUCAAGAUUAUGGUACAAUGGCGCCAGAGAAGAAUAUUCCACCAACAGCAGAAUCUUCUGUGGAUGCUGCAGGAAUGGCCAGAGAAUUCCACCAACCUCAACCAACAGAAUCAUCCAAAGACUUAGACACUGCCAUUAAAGAGAUGAAGAAAACUAACCCAGAUUCCAAGACAGAAAGCGCCAUUUCAGGAGAUACGCUUCAGAAGAUCCAAUCCAAAGAUGAGAAUGUUCAAAUAGUGCCAGCUACUCCAAAGACCAACCCAGUGGUAGUGUGGCCUGGAAGUUCUUCAAAUGAAGAUAUAGUGAUACCUCAAAAUAACCAGCAAGAGCCAGAAAAACUCAUUCCAACAUCUAAUUCAAAUCAACAUCCAUAUCAAAAGGAAAUUCCGAUGGAUACGUUCAUUCCUGAUUCUAUGAUAUCAUCUCAAGGAAAGAAAGGACCAAGUUAUUUCCUUGCUAACAAACCUCAAGUUCCUAAACCUGGUCCAACACAGAAAACUGAAGUUGAUAUAGUACCGAAACCUAAAUUAGCUAAAACACAAAGACCGCACCCUGUUCAUGAUGCUCAUAUGAUAUCAGACCCUGACUCUAAUCUUAAUGAGCAGUCUAGUGAAAAUAGUCAGCCCAGUUUACCAUUUCCUGGUAGAAAAUAUCCCAAAAAUCAGCUUCCUCUUAAUCAACCUGGAUUCGAAAAUUAUUACCAACCUCCAUUCCGACAACAACAAUAUCCUCCAGACCUCACUCUAGCAGAUCCAGAUGAAAGACAAGGGGACUUAACUCCAUUUAAUAGAAAUUAUUCCCCAUACAACAGACCACAACAACAACAAUUUCCACCUUUUAAUAACCAACUGAACUAUCAAAAUAGACAGCCGCCCCCCAGAAAUCCUUUCACUCCAGAACGUUAUGGUAAAAACUUUAUGUAUGAUUAUCCAGACUAUGAAUCCUAUCAACCAGACAGUGAGGAUAGAAGUAGUCAAGAUCACCCAGCGUAUAUACCAGCUCCAGGUUUAUAUAAUAGAUUUAAUUCAGUUAGUCAAGAUGCUGACAAGAAUUUAAAACCAGCUGAUACUAAAAUCCAUCCUCAUCAUACAGAUGUUCAUGAUAAAAAUAUCAAGAAGCCAUCAACACCAGUGAAAAAUGUGAAAGAAAUAGAUCUGGAAACUCAUUCUAAAGAAUCACCUAUAGAUACACAACAGAAUAUAUCAGAGAAAGACAUAGUAGAAACAUCAGAUGAGGGUACGGAAUCUACAGAAGAUGAAUCAAAUCCAGACGAAUCAAAAUUAGAUCAAGACAAAUCAAAAACAAAUCCAGACGAAUCAAAACAAUCUACAGAUUCUACAGAAUCAAAAGAAGAUCAAACAAAAGAUACUCCAAAAAACACAGACACAGGAUCAAAUGAAGAAUCAAAAGAGGAAACCGAUUUGACGAACGAGGAAACAGAAUCCCUUUUAGUCAGCAAAGAAAGGUUAACAGUGGAUAGUUCAUUUCAGACAGCCCAAGGACCAAUCAUAGCAUUAUCGCUUGGUUUAGCCUUUACAUUCUUAUUAUUAGUAUUUAUCGGUUGUCGUUUAAGAAAUAUGAAGAGACGAUUACGAAAAGGAAGAGUGUUACACAGUAAUGAGGCAGAUUAUCUGAUCAAUGGCAUGUAUUUAUAA